ACUGAGAUUAUUCACACAGUCUGUGCGAGUGUUUGAAGGAGAGGUCACAUAGUCGCUCCCUGAAAACGGCGGAAUUUGAACUGAAUUGAAAACAGACAGUGACGAAUCAUAACAGACUAACAUGGAUAUGCACUUCUGAGGCGACUGACGGUGAUAGCUGAAGAUAUCAUUUGGGUUUUUAUUUUUAUUCUUAUAAAAACUGAAAAUGUUGGAUAAACGUAUUGUUGACCUGCGUUUGGAUCAGCUGGAAGAAGUUAAAGCGAAAAAUGUUAAAGAGCACUUUGAGAAGCAGUAUAAGAUGGGAACCCUUUUGGGAAGCGGCGGGUUCGGUUCUGUGUUCUCCGGACAGCGCAUUUCAGACGGGCAACAGGUCGCUAUUAAACAAAUAUCCCGUGACAGAAUUCAACAGUGGGCAAAACUGCCUGGGGAAGCAAACGCGGUCCCGAUGGAGGUCGCUCUCCUCCUGUGUCUGGGUGGAGGGUCGGGGUCGGUACCCGGUCACCGCGGCGUCAUCCGGAUGCUCGACUGGUUUGAGGUGCCGGGUCAGGGGUAUCUCAUUGUGUUUGAAAAACCCCAACACUGCCAGGACCUGUUUGACUUCAUCACUGAACGUGGGGCCCUGGAGGAGCCCAUUGCACAGAGGUUCCUCAAACAGGUCAUUGAAGCCCUCCAGUUCUGCCACUCCAAGGGAAUUGUCCAUCGGGACAUCAAAGAUGAGAACAUCCUUAUUGACACCCGCACCGGUGACAUCAAAAUCAUCGACUUUGGUUCUGGCGCUCUACUGAAGGACUCCAUUUACACUGACUUUGAAGGUACCAGAGUCUACAGCCCUCCAGAGUGGAUCCUCCACCAGCGUUACAGCGCUCAUCCGCUCACUGUGUGGUCACUGGGCGUACUUCUCUUUGACAUGGUGUGUGGGGACAUUCCCUUCGAGCGGGACGGCGACAUUGUAAACGCCACUCCGAGUUUCACUAAACGCAUCUCCAAAGAAUGCCAGUCUCUGAUUCGCUGGUGCCUCUCGUACAGGCCGGAGGACCGCCCGAGUUUGGAGCAGAUUUUGCAGCACCCUUGGAUGACGGAGACCUCUGAGGACACGGGAGAUUUGCAAGCGGAAAGCAAUAUUAAGCCAAGCCUUUAAAUCCUGAAGGACUUUUCACACACACUGUUUCGUCUGACACUGGACUUACUGAACUCUAGUUGCUGGCUUCUGGAUACUUCCUUAUUUAUUUUUGUUUGGCUGCCUUCAACGUUGGUUUUUGUUUCAUAUGGACUUGGGUUCUGUGCUUCUCGAAGCUCUGGAUUGAUGCAGUUUUACUUUAUGAGUGAAUUUUCCCCACGACUACAGCCAUCACAGCUCAAUGCAACAGCGGGAAACGUUCUUAUUUAUGCUGAUUAUUUAUUUUUUCAGCCACGUACUAAUUUAUUUGUGCGCUCUGUGGUUCAUGAAGUUUCAGAAGCAGCAAACUGUGUUCGUUUUGUUAGUCUGUGUUCGUUUUAAG